AUGAGAUAUCUUUAAUUAUAGAUUUCUAAUAUAUGUUUAAUUUUUUUUCCUUUUGUUUUUGUCUAAGAAACAUUUAAAAUUGGGUUAAAGCUGUUUUAAUAAAUGAAUAUAGUUCAGCACUUAAGCAAAAUUUUGCUGAUAAAAGAAAUGUAAUAAAAAUAAGCAUAAUACAAGUUAUUAAAUGUUUUCGAAAUGGGUUGCGGUAAGGGUGGUGAUAUGUAAAAAUGGAGCAAGGCAGGGACUGGACUUUGGUUUGGAAUUGAUAUAUCAGAUAAAAAGAAGAUAAGAAAAAAUAAAUUUAAAAAAUAUAUUUGAUGGAAACAAAAGCAGAUUCAGAUUCUACUUUGUUUAGAUCCAGACUACCAUAGGAUUUAUAUUUUGA